AUGGAUCGAAUUGAAACAAAACAAAGUAUAGAAAAUAAAGAAUUUGAAAUUAAACUUCAUGAAAUGAAAAUUGAAAUUGAUAAAAUGAUUAAGGAAUUUACUUCAGAUAACAGAGAAAAUGAGGAAAAUAAAACUGAAAUUUUAAAAAUGGGAAAACAAAUUUAUGGAAUUGUUGAAGAGCAGGUAACUUAUCCAGAAUUAUUGUACAUACAACACCAGACAAUAGCAAAAAAACGAAAAAAAACACCUAAUAUGAGGACAAAAAAUGAAUGA